AUGCAACAAAUAGACUCGGAACCCUCCAUGAUGACUUCCGAGAUGGAGGCAAAACGGAACAAACUCUUUGAACGAAUGCAACAACGUAGCGAAGAAAUGAAAAGCAAACGAGCUCAAGAGCAAAAGGAGAAUCCAGCACUGUUUUGGAAGGAAUUUAAUGAGAGAAUUGAACAACAACAGUCGGCUCAUGAAUUACAACUAUUUUUGAAUCAACAUGUACACUAUCUUCCAAAUUAUGAUGUUCGGAAAGCAGAUGAAAAAAUUAAGAAAAUGCAGGAAGAAUUGAAAAAGGAUAAGAAGGUCUUUUCGUUUAAAAAGAAAACAAAUCCGUCAUCCAAUGCAUCCACACCUUCGACACCUGUAUCAUCAGCAUCUUCUUUAACUCCAUCAUUGUCAUCUUCGGAUGAUUUGACAGCCACAACAAGCUCAUCCUCGAAUGUGAAAUUGCCAGAAACCAACAAGACAGUCAUUGAUUUGAGUAAUUUUGAAAAUUCAAAUUCAACCAUUCACAAUGUGGUACCUACGAAAGAGAAGGAAAGUUUUGCAAUUUGUAAUGGAGUGAAUCAAACGUUAUUCAUUACAAAUAUUAUUGGAGCUGUAUAUAUUUCAAAUUUACAAGAUUGCACCAUUUGUAUUGGACCAGUGUGUGGUGCAGUGUUCUUAUCAAAAUGUACCAAUUGUACAUUCCAAUUGGCAUGUUGGCAAUUGAGAAUUCAUGACAGCGUCAAUUGUACAUUUUUAAUUUGUCCAAAGAAUCAUCCUAUUAUUGAAAAUUGUAGUAGCCUCAAAUUUGGAAAAUACAAUUUUUCAUACGAAGGAAUUCAGGAACAAUUCAAAGCAUGUGACAUGUCUCUCGAUGAUGAAACGAAGAAUAAGUGGAAUAAGGUUCACGACUUUAAUUGGUUGAAACCAAACGAGCCAAGUCCAAAUUUUACAAUUCUCCUCAAUCAAUAG